AUGCAGGUGGAUGAGGUAAUUGGUGCUUUAAAGGCGCAUGAAGAACUCUAUCGUGACUACAACGGCUGGCAUGAACAGGCGUUACUAAUAAGAGGGGAUCCUAAACCCGACACGAAGUUAUCACGGGGAGAGGAAUCAUAUUCUCAAAACAACUGCGGGCGUGGUUGUGGUAACUCACACGGUCGUGGCCAUGGCCGUGGCCGUGGCCGCAGCAAUGGAGGUCAUAGCAGUGGCACCAGUACUCGCCAGGGAAAAAACGGAGGUCAUGAAGGAGAUCUAGACAAGAGCACGAUCAAGUGCUUCAACUGCAACAACUUCGGGCACUAUGCCUCGGAGUGUCGCAGUAAGCACCGGGAUGAGGAGACCAAUCUCACCCUUGUUCAAGAUGAUGAUCCAGCACUACUCUUGUCUGAGUGCACGGGGGGCACACGCAACAUGGUACUGUUGAACGAGGAGAAGGGUAUUCCGAAGCUGCAGACAGAUGAGAAGGCGUCAGCCGAGUCUGACAUGUGGUACCUGGACAAUGGGGCCAACAACCACAUGACAGGCCAGCCGUCCAUGUUCAAGCACCUGGAUGAGAGCAUUCACGGGCGGGUGAAGUUUGGCGAUGGCUCGAUGGUGCAAAUCAAAGGGAAGGGGUCCAUCAUUUUUCAAUGCAAGAACGGCGAACAACGACUACUACCGGAGGUAUAUUUUAUACCGAGUCUUUGUAGCAAUAUUAUAAGUCUUGGCCAGCUCUCUAAAGAUGGCAGUAGGGCUAUUAUGUGUGGAGCAUUUCUGUGGAUAUAUGACAGGAAUGGGAGACUGUUGAUCAAGGUCAAGAGAUCCCCAAACAGGCUCUACAAAGUUUUGUUGGAAAUUUAUGAACCUAUUUGUUUGACAGCAAGCAUGGAGGAUCCAGCUUGGUUGUGGCAUGCGAGGCUAGGGCACGUAAGCUUACAGGCACUCAAGAUGAUGGGGGAUCGAGAGAUGGCACACAGCGUCCCUAAGAUCGAUCAUCCUACGUAG